AUGAAGGCUUUCACCAUCUUCGCCCUUGCUGGCCUCCUUGCUUGUGUCUCCGCCCUGCCACAAGAUUCCCAGCCGCAACAGUCACAGGCUCCACUUCCUCCUACUGUUUUGUGUGCCAACGCGGAUGUGUGCUGCAAAGCGGAGUGCUUCCAUGUCCCCUGUCCCAAUAACGCCAUGGCCAACGACACCACCGCGUGCACAGCAGAAUGCCCCAAAGGCGACGGAUCUCCUGGAGCUACGGAUAUACAUGUUCAGUGUGUAGAAAAUUGUAUCAAACAACACUUCUUCAGUGUCACCUCAGCCAUGCCAAACCCUACCGGAACUGCUGGCACCCCAACUGGUUCAUCGGGCUCCGGUGGUGAGACAACUGGCAAUGGUAGCCAGACUGGUGCUAGCCAGACUGGCGCUACCUCUUCUGCAUCUCCAUCCGCUGGUGCGGCUGCCAAUAACGCCCAACUCGGAUCCUCUGCUGCUGGUAUCAUCGGUCUCCUCAUGGCUGCUUUGGCGUUGUAA